AAAGUCUCUGUGCGUGUACGGUGUGGGCGUGGCCCAGCCGGGGCUGAGGCCGACUCCGGGGCUUAGGCAGACGCCGGCGCCAUGGAGGAGUACGCUCGGGAGCCCUGCCCAUGGCGAAUUGUGGAUGAUUGUGGUGGAGCCUUCACUAUGGGUGUCAUCGGUGGCGGAGUCUUCCAAGCCAUCAAGGGCUUCCGCAAUGCCCCUGUUGGAAUUCGGCACCGAUUGAGAGGUAGUGUCAACGCAGUGAGGAUCCGAGCCCCUCAGAUUGGAGGUAGUUUUGCAGUGUGGGGAGGCCUGUUCUCCACCAUUGACUGUGGCCUGGUGCAGCUGCGGGGCAAGGAGGAUCCCUGGAACUCCAUCACCAGCGGAGCGCUGACCGGGGCUGUGCUGGCUGCUCGCAGUGGCCCACUAGCCAUGAUGGGCUCGGCAAUGAUGGGGGGCAUCCUGUUGGCCCUCAUCGAGGGCGUUGGUAUCCUCCUCACUCGCUACACUGCCCAGCAGUUCCGCAAUGCACCCCCGUUCCUGGAGGACCCCAGCCAGCUGCCCCCUAAGGAGGGUACCCCGGCCUCAGGCUAUCCCGGCUAUCAGCAGUACCACUGAGGAAGUGACCACCUGUCACCACCAUCGUGGGAGCUCCUCCUCCGUUCCCCUCCCCGAUGAUCUACCUCGAAGGGAGGGCUGGCUCCCACUUGGCCCUGGGACCCUCCAGAGAGGGCCUCUACUCUCUUUGUUCCCUGUCCCAGGGUGGGCGUGGGGCACCCCAGCUACCCUGAUGGAUGGGUCCCCUUCCUUCAGGGCACCCCAGCCCCACACUCACAUGUAACAAGCUCUCACCCAACCCCUUCCUGUGGCUCCCUGAUGAGUAUUUAAAGCUGGUUUUGAAAUGCC